AUGAAGAUAUACAGUUUACCUGACCCCCAGGUCCAGAGAGCAACCAUUCACAUUCAGGCCUCUACAGAGGCUGCAGGUUCUAGUGGGCAGAAAGGGAGGGUCCCAGAGGAACUGUGUGAGAAGGGGCUGCCGCGAGUGCUGGAGCCACUGAAGGAUGCAGUGUUGAUGGAGGGCAGCCCAGCCCAGCUGACUUGCCAGCAUUUCUGCUUUCCUGACCCAUUUGUCCAUUGGAGCAAUGACGUCAAGGAGCUGCGAGAUGGGCCAAAGUAUCCACGCCAUGUCUUCAAGAACCCUGACAUAGUCACACUGGUGUUGCGCGAUGACAAGCUGGCAGACCUGGACCAGUACAGCAUCAAUGUAACCAACCACUUCGGCUCCAGCUCAGUGGGAAUCCUUGUAGAAGUCCCGGCGGUGAUUCAAAAGGGAUCGGAUAACACUAAGGCGCGCAAGGGUGCCACGGUGACGCUGACUGCGGAGAUCAUGGGUGAGCCUGAGCCCGUCGUGGGUUGGACCACGGAUAGGCAAGACAUCGAGGAGGAUGACAGGGUGUUCUUCGAGAUCGGUAGUACCACCACGACGCUGACCAUUUGUUGGGCCACGCCCGAGGACCGCGGCAAGUACGACGUGUACUUGGAGGACAUGGACCAGAGCUUCUCUCGCUUGAACGUGGCCUGAAAGGGACCCUCAGACCUUUCGCCCUGGCUCUAAGCCCUGGGGUGUGUGGGACAGACAGCCCU